GACCGAGGGCCCCGGACCAGGCGUCUGUGCCGACCACAGUCUAUAUGAAGGGACGUAGGGAUUCGGGGCCCGGAGCUAUGUGGUAGGACGGCUGCAGCGGAGGCCUGCGCUCCUGAGGGUCAGGAGCCAAAACUAAAAUAGCAAGAAUGCACAAAUCAGAGAGUCAUGGAAGCCUCCAGAUGAGAAACAGAGUGACAGGAAACUAUGAACACAGAAUGUCAUCAGGUUCCCAAGAAAAACAUAGAUCUGUAGCACACCAAAACAAGUUAUUACCUUCCAAGAAUUCUCCAGAUUCUGUAAGGAAACCUCACCCUCGACCAAGUGAUAAGCUUAAUCCUAAAACUAUUGACCCAUUUGGUGAUCAGCCACGAGCUCCAUCUGCUUUUGCUGCUAUUUACUCUAAAGGAGGUAUUCCUUGCAGGUUGGUACAUGGUUCAGUAAAACACAAAUUACAAUGGGAUUGUCUUCCUGAAACUCUUCCAUUUGAUCCUCUUCUUAUUACGUUAGCAGAGGGCCUAAGAGAGACUAAACAUCCAUAUACAUUUGUAUCAAAAGAAGGUUUUAAAGAAUUACUUUUGGUUGAAGGUGCUACUGAAAAAACUGUGCCCCUGUUACCUAGACUGAUUCCAGUGUUGAAGGCAGCUCUGACACAUUCAGAUGGAGAAGUGUUUGAACGGGGAUUGAAUGCUUUAGUACAGUUGAGUGGUGUUGUUGGGCCUUCUCUAAAUGAUCAUCUGAAGCACUUGCUUACAAGUCUUUCGAAGAGGCUAAUGGAUAAGAAAUUCAAAGAGUCAAUCACCAAUGCUUUACAAAAGCUAGAACAACAUGGUGGAAGUGGCAGCCUUAUGAUUAUCAAAGCUAAAAUUCCAACCUAUUGUUCCAUCUGCUCUUAAACCAAAGGAAUGAUAAAAACCAUUUGACUAAGUGGUGAGAGAUGUCAGAAGCUUGUGAUGAACAUCAUAGGAUCCCUUUUGGAUUUGGGUUUCUUUUUUAUCACAACUACUCAUUUGUUAUUUACAUGAUAAAAAUGUAUUCACAAAAUUGAUUCCACUGAAUCAUAGUCAAGGAGCAUUUAUCAGCAUGGGAAAAUGGUUAAAUUAUGGAAAGCUAUUAAAAGCAGUUCUAUAGUACAA